GUAAAAGAAAUGAGUUAUGACUCCACCACGAAAAUGCAGCGUUUAAAGGAGUUUUGGAUAUCGAAAGCCAGCGCCGAUCAAAGGAAGGGUCGCGCCGGAAGAACAGGUCCGGGAGUCUGCUAUCGAAUAUAUUCAGAACAGCAAUACUCUGAUAUGGAGGCGUUCAGUACUCCGGAGAUAUCGAGAGUGCCGCUAGCGUCGAUACUGUUGCUCAUGAGUUCGUUGGGAGUGAAUGAUGUGAGACGGUUCCCGUUUAUCGACGCGCCACCAGAGGAGGCUAUCGAAAAUGCCCUUCUCGAGUUGAAGCAACAUGGUGCGCUAACGUUUAAUGAAAAACUUACAUCAUUAGGCAAGGUACUUGCUAACUUACCAAUAGAAGUAUCGCUUGCCAAAGCGCUAGUAAUAGGGAGUGCAACUCUGCCUGCCCACAAACGGGACUCGGCGUUAGCAUUGACUGCGGCGCUCGGAGUUAGAUCUAUAUUCACAAGGAACGCGCAUCGGGAUUUUGAAUGUGAGAACGCCCGCAAACCAGACGAAUCCGAUCACGGCGACCCUCUCACACUAGUGUCGUUGUACUGCGCGUGGUUGCGAGUGAAGUCGGAGGGCAGAGGUAGUGGCGCGUGGUGUUCGCGGCGCGGCGUCGAGCAGCAACGGUUGUACGAACUCACCAAGCUCGCCGCACAGCUACGGGGACUGUUGCAGGACAAUAAUCUGAUGGAAACUCAGGAACCGGAGACGAUGUCGUCCGCGGAGAGAGCGCUUCGACACGGACAGUUAAAACAGUUGAAGGAUAUGAGAAGGCAAUACAAACAGAAAGCGGCCGAAGAUUUAAAGCGAAAGAAACGUCUCAAAAUGGACUCGUGGGAGAUAGUGGACGAGCGAGCGAAUGACGAUGACAAUGAUUUGGACAUACGCGAUAUAGAGUUUCGUAUGACCAAUGACGCGUCGAGGAUACAAGCGCUUAUAAGCGGCUCGAGCACUUCGAGCGGACGAGAUUUGGUUAUGUUAAAGCUUGUCCUGUGCAGAGCGUUAUACCCUCAGAUUGCUGUAGCGGACGAGUUCAAUCAUUGCAAGUCGCCAUCCGAGCAGCUGUACCACACGUGGAGUAAGCCGUUCGUGUUCGUGCACCCCACGUCGUACUUCGGCAAGCAGCCGCGCGCGCUGCAGCUCACGGAGGCGGACAUACAGACAGACGCGCCCGCCGGGUACAAGAGCCGCCUGCCGCUGACGGACCGGCAUCAGAUAUUGUGCUAUUUGUCGCUGUUGGAAACUACAAAGCCUUACAUAGUGAACUCUAUGCGCAUGCCGGCCGCGCAGACUCUGUUACUGCUCGCGCACUCCAUCGACACCAAUAUUGGAUUUACCAGAAUAGUGUGCGACUCGUGGUUGCUACUAGAAUUUCCUUAUCCCGAAACUGGUUUAAAUUUGUUACUGAAAGCUGUUAAACUGCGACGGAGAUGGGACGCGUUGAUAAACAGCCGGCUAGCAGAUGCAAGCCCAGCAAAGUCAGUGGAAGGCGAAUUAGAGAAACAGCGGACGACAAAGUUAUCGUAUGAAGAGCUGCAACACGACUUGUCAUGCGAUAUCAGCUCUUAUAUGAACAGCCAAGUUUAUUAUACCAUCAAGCGGCUAUUGCCAGGUGACCUCAAGGUCCUGUACCAGGGUGCUGAUGAGGCGCAUGCGAACGUCGAUCCGAAUCCAUUCGACGAGGGUUACGCGUGUCACCCCAACGAGAAGAAAGGUGGCGUGUAUGUCACCGACAACGUUGUUUAUAACUGUGUGGUGGACACAGACUGGAGUUACAACAGCUAUGAACAAACAUACAGUUUGCCGUGGAAAUGUUCGAAAUGCGACCUUACGGUUUGUCUGUCACCGGUAGAACGACUGCAGCACACGCAAUUCACCUGCUCUUCUAGAACAGUCGAGAAGGAACCAGAAACUCCAAAAGUGGUGCGAGAAAAUAAGCUCAACGCGAUAGAUUUUAAGUGCGAAAAUUGUAGUGAGACAUUAUAUUUGACGCCGGUGGAAAUAUUGAAGCAUAAGAUGGGUUGUAAAAAGAAAUAAAUAUUGUAAAAUA